AUGUUGACCAGCUUCCUGGGCUGGAGGACAGAGGUGUCCUCUGAGACCAUGCCUUCUGGAGGACAGAGGUGUUCUCUGGGACCAUGCCUUCUGGAGGACAGAGGUGUUCUCUGGGACCAUGCCUUCUGGAGGUCAGGGCUGUUCUCUGGGACCAUGCCUUCUGGAGGUCAGGGCUGUUCUCUGGGACCAUGCCUUCUGGAGGUCAGGGCUGUUCUCUGGGACCAUGCCUUCUGGAGGACAGAGGUGUUCUCUGGGACCAUGCCUUCUGGAGGACAGAGGUGUUCUCUGGGACCAUGCCUUCUGGAGGACAGAGGUGUUCUCUGGGACCAUGCCUUCUGGAGGACAGAGGUGUUCUCUGGGACCAUGCCUUCUGGAGGUCAGGGCUGUUCUCUGGGACCAUCCCUUCUGGAGGUCAGGGCUGUUCUCUGGGACCAUGCCUUCUGGAGGUCAGGGCUGUUCUCUGGGACCAUGCCUUCUGGAGGACAGAGGUGUUCUCUGGGACCAUGCCUUCUGGAGGACAGAGGUGUUCUCUGGGACCAUGCCUUCUGGAGGACAGAGGUGUUCUCUGGGACCAUGCCUUCUGGAGGCUCCCGUAUCGGGUCAGAGGAGGCAUUCUACCUGUAUGCCUCUGGUCCAGACCUCACGUCUAUCAUGCCCUGUAAGUACGGUAAGCCCAGCGGGACCUUCUCCAAGUACGUCACCACGGACGGGUUGAAGUGUGACACUGUCAGAGAGCUAAUGAUGAAGAACAAGGAUGUGGACACAGCAGCUCUCAUAGAGUGUCUGGCAGUAGUGUACGCCCCCAGCAGCCCCAGGGUGUAUACCAUCUAUGAGCCAGUGAUCCGUCUGAAGGGUCAGGCUAAGACCAUGGUGUCUCAGAGACCCUUCAGCUCUAGAGAGGUCCAGUCUGCGGUGCUGGAGACACACGUCCUCAGGACCAUGCUGCCUGCAGAACCACAGGGCCUGCAGAACGUCCUACACAAGAUAGGAGGAACCGGGUCCUUCGUGUUCCUCUUUGCACGGGUGGUGGAGCUAAGUGACAGUGAGCAGACCCAGGCCCUAGCCCUCCAGGUGCUACUCUCUCUGGCCAAGUACAACCAGCACCGUAUCAAUGAGAUGGACUGUUACCACGGUUACUCCAUGAUACACCAGGUCCUCAUCAAGUCCAAGUGCAUCGUGGGAUAUCAUAUUCUCAAGACCUUGUUAGAUGGGAGCUGUAGUAGUCCUAUCCUAACUCUAGGGGAAGACGGUCAGUUCCACCUGGACACAGAGUCUACAGCCGUGGUCCAGGACAUCAAGCUACUGUCUGAGGUUCUGCUGGACUGGAAGAUCUGGGCCAAGGCUCAGGGUGGUGUCUGGGAGACUCUGCUGGCAGCGUUAGAGAUCCUCAUCAGGGUUCACCACCCCCAGCAGGUGUUCAACAUCAGACAGUUUCUCAAAGCCGAGGUGGUCCACCACUUCCUGCUCACCUGUCAAGUACUACAGGAGCAUCGGGACGAGCACCUGACCUCCAUCCCACAGGAAGUGUGUCUGUCUUUCGUUAAGAUCAUCCAGGAAGUGUUGGGUUCACCUCCGGACCUAGACCUCCUCCGAUUGGUCUACAACUUCCUCCUCGCCGUGCACCCGCCCACUAACACCUACGUCUGUCAUACGCCUACAAGCUUCUACUUCUCACUACACAUAGAUGGUAAGCUGUACCAGGAGAAAGUCCAGUCCAUAAUGUAUAUGAGAAAUAUCAACAGUGGAUGGAAGUCAGCUGGUAGCUCAGCUGUCUCUCUCUCCACGGCUGUCUUCACUGAGGACCCUCUUCCUGAAGGUACCAUCCACCUUCAGCCUCCGUCACCUGAACACGGAGGAGACGACCAGUCCCUGUCCCUCCGGCCCGCCAACCUGACGCCCUCGCCCAACUCCUCCCCGUUGCUCAGGCCCUGUGUGAGCCAUGGAGGGGCUGGGAGCCCCAGGGAGGGCCAGGAGGGAGAGGGGGUGAUUCUGGGAAUCGGCGAAAACCAUCUGUGA